GUUUAAACGCAGACAGAAGGCUACAGAGAGGACAGCGGACCAGAGAGAGAGAUAGGGAAAGAGAGGCGGAGGAGGAGGCGAGAGACCCGCGGUUGGUGCGCACAGUGGGCUCGCCAGCUCCAUUCAUUAGUGAAGAGGACAAGCAAGCGGGGGAAAGCCUGAUUUCUGCACCGAAGAAGCACUCCGUGAGCGCACAUGCUUGAGAAGUAAACCUGGUGGCUACAAGACUUGACAUUCGGCGAAGGUGGAGAAGAAGGAGCGCAUUGACACACGCGCGCACGUCUUUCUUUCUACACAGUACCAAGAUCACCUUUCAGAGAGAAUAAACAACAGGAGGAAUUAUUCUCAUCGGACAUAUUUAGAGUUUUGCCCCUGAAACUGAGAACUAAAAGAAAGAGGUCUGAAAGUCACGCGAGGAUACAAGACGCACCCUACAGACUCAAGGAUCCGCAUCUUGAUAUUUUCGGCAGUUUUUAUGCAGGAUUCACCAGGAUUUGAGGACUUCGGGUUGUGUCUAUUUUUAAGACAAGAGGCUACGUUAUUACUGUGUUCUGAACAUGACUAAGAAAUCGGAUUUAUAUGGACUGGGCGAGUUGUGAUAUUUGACUUUACAAGACCAAAGACCAGGUGUGUGUGAGGCUUGCCUCUCUUAUUUUUUGAACAUUUUGGGGGCGUAUAUUAAAGACAACAAAUAUACAUCCAAAGUGAAAGCAGAAGCCCAAGAGCCGUUUUUGAACGCCCAAAGGAAAGUUAAACAUAUUUUCAUGUUUAAUAGUGGCGGCUUCAGCCUCUUUCCUGCCAGUAUUUCAACAAACAAACAAAAAGGAAGCGUGUCCACUCAGCUGUUGACGCCCUCCACCAUCAAAAUAAUGAGGAUUGAGGCAAUAUAAACGAUAACCAAGAAAUUGUGGAUUAUCAUCCCUUCACGUAUAGCUCAGUUCGACCUCAACCUUCACAGAGUAGCAGAGUGCAGCAGCUUGGAACAAUGCCAGAUUCACCUGCGGAUGUGAAAACCCAGCCCAGGUCCACCCCACCAACCAUGCCUCCUCCACCCCCGGCUGUCAACCAAGCAACCAGCCGCAAUGCUUCUUUCACCCCCACAACCAGUAAAUCAAUGCUAAAUGGGAGCAGCCACUCUCCCACAUCGCUGAAUGGCACACCGUCCACUCCUAACGGCUUCAGCAACGGGCCAGCCAUGUCGUCGACAUCCUCGCUUUCCAACCAACAGCUCCCGCCAGCCUGUGGCGCCCGCCAGCUCUGCAAGCUCAAGCGCUUCCUGACUACGUUGCAGCAGUUUGGCAACGACAUAUCGCCUGAGAUUGGAGAGCGAGUGCGCAGCCUUGUGCUGGGUCUAGUGAAUUCUACACUUACCAUUGAAGAAUUUCAUUCCAAACUUCACGAAGCCACCAACUUCCCUCUGAGGCCUUUCGUCAUUCCUUUCCUAAAGGCAAACCUGCCCCUGCUGCAGAGGGAGUUGCUUCACUGUGCCAGGCUGGCCAAACAGACUCCAGCACAAUACCUGGCCCAACACGAGCAGCUUCUCCUGGACGCCAAUGCCAGCUCGCCCCUCGAUUCUUCUGAAAUCAUGUUGGAGAUGAAUGAGCACGGGAAGAGAAGGACCCCUGACAGGACCAAAGACUCUUCGGAGAGAGAUGGCUUGCAUCCCGAGCACCUUGCUAAAAGGCCCUGCACCAUCAGUCCCAGCCCCCGCUUCAGUCCCAGCACAGGGCUCCCUGCUCACCCACCUCCCAAUGGCCUUCCCACACACCCUCCCAACGGCCUGCCGCACCCACAAAACCCUCAAAUGGGACCUCAGCACUACCGUUUGGAGGACAUGGCACUGGCACACCAAUACAGAGAUGCUUACAGACACAAUGAACACAGAGACAGCCGAGACAGACACCGACAAACAGCAGUACAUGGAGCCCGCCAAGAGGAAGUGAUUGACCACCGUCUAACAGAUCGAGAGUGGGCAGAAGAAUGGAAGCACCUUGAUAAUCUCCUUAACUGUAUCAUGGACAUGGUAGAGAAGACGCGCCGCUCUCUGACCGUGCUGCGACGCUGCCAGGAGGCGGAUCGGGAGGAGAUGAAUCAUUGGAUACGGCGCUACAGCGACGUGGAAGAGAUGAAAAAAGGUGGGAGCAACGGACAGCACUGCCUUCCUCCUCCUCUUCCUCCUACUCCUCAUCACAACUCCGCCUCCAACACAGCUAGCAGCAGUGAGACACUGCCCAAAGGAGCUUCUUCCGCUGCUGAAAGGCAGACAGGCAGACAGACAGAGAUCCACAGAGACUUUCUACACAGACCUCCCUCGGGAUACCUGCCAGAAGAAAUUUGGAGAAAAGCUGGUACUACAAGCAUCCCGCUUUCCCCAGCACUAAAGCACCUCCAAAACAAGCAGGAGGAAGCCGUGAAUGAAGUGAAGCGACAGGCAAUGUCGGAGCUGCAAAAGGCUGUGUCAGAUGCUGAGAGGAAAGCCCAUGAGAUGAUUUCAGCAGAACGCUCCAAAAUGGAGAGGGCCCUGGCUGAGGCUAAGAGGCAAGCCUCCGAAGACGCUCUAACAGUCAUCAACCAGCAGGAGGACUCCAGCGAAAGUUGCUGGAACUGCGGGAGGAAAGCCAGCGAAACGUGCAGCGGCUGCAACACCGCUCGCUAUUGUGGCUCAUUCUGCCAACACAAAGACUGGGAGAGGCACCACCAUGUCUGUGGUCAAGGCCCGCAGGGGCUUCCAGGAGGCAGUAGUGUACCUCUUGGCACCCCCUCUUCAUCCUCAGCAUCCAGCGCACCUCCAGCCCAUUCAGAGAGCACCCCUCCGGGUCCGUUGUCACUUGCUGGCCAGGGAGGCAUUGCAUCCGGGGCGGCCAGCGGAAGCGGAAGUAUAUCGGCCAGCCCCAAGGAGAGCAGUUCGAGUAGUGCCUCUCGCUCCACCACUCCAGCCACACCCGCCCUCCUUGAUGCCACAUCUCGCUGACGUCUGAUCCUUGACCUUUAACUGUUCCCUGUUUUGACAGUGGCUACUAUCCACACAAAACCAAACUGAGGAAUCUUCAUCCCACAUUGACCCCUUUCCUUCUCCCGCGAUUUAGCUCUUGUUCCUUCUUAGGUUCUGAUAACGUACGCCUGUUUUUCACAACCAUGAAUACAAAUAUUCUGGCUUUGGGAAUCAGUGUAGUGUAAACUGUUCAAAAGCACAAUUAUGGGUGACAGUAACAUAUAAUGUUUGCUGACAGCCUUGAGAGUUGGCUAAUGUAUGCUCUUAAAGGCUGUGUUAAGACAUAGGGGAUGACAAGACCAAUUAGCACUUCAAUUUCCUAAUAAUUUAGCCCCAAUGAGAGCACCCAGACCUGUUAUGUGCACUAAUGGUCCUGUUUCUUUACAGAUUCCAAAUGGUAGCAAGCUAAGGAUAGUGAUUUUUUUUCCCAAACAGGAUGAGCUAAGGGGGAAAAACGGUGAUGCCAUUCCUCAGAAAAACAACUUAGUAUUUAUAAUACAUUUCUUUCUGGCUUUAAGGGGAAACGAAGAACAGUCCAAAUAUUCUAAAUAAGAGAAAAAAAGAUGAUGAUGCUGACGUGGAUACCCACAUAAUAACAUGAAACUUAUGGAGUUUUAAUUGCUAACUACCUUGCUAGCGAGCCAAGAAAAAUCUACGCCGGACUCACCUCUCUAAACCAUUGUGAAUCCAAAUGAAUUCAAAGAUGAAAAACAACAUGAUCCAAACCUUUGUAUUACACUGCCAAAGUGAGAAAGCGAUAAGGAGAAGCACUCGUAACCAAACGCAAAGCAACAUCAACUCCUCGGCAAAUAAGGCAGCCCUUGAGAGAAAGAGAGUGAGAGCCAGGCUGCUGUGGAGCCGCCUUCUGCACUGUGGACAGAUUCUGCAAUCCUUCAGUGAUGGCCCAAACUAGUGAACUUAUGGAUAAUGCUGUGAACGACUUGGUGAAAUGGACCGAGCCCUCACCCCAAUGGAAUUUGUUUAAGAGUGGGCAACAAACGGAGGAAUGGAAAAGCGACACAGACUCAAUGGAGUUACAGUUACAAACACGUCACCGUAGCUACCAAAAACUUAAAAGCUUGUAGGAGCAAUUGCAUACAGUGAAUACAGAGGCAACAAUUGUAGUUAUCUCCAACGGUGAGGUGAUAUUUACCUUUACAUUCACACACCUUUCCCAAAGCACGAUGAACAGAGCCGAGAGAAGGGCAGUGCAGACUCUCCUCUUUUUCUACCUCUCGACAUCCCAAAUCCCCGACACCCUGGCCUGACUACUUGACUCAAGUCUGCCAACCCCACCCAGCCUGCUUUGGACUUAACAUCAAAGCAGGACAGCACGGGAACGGGAUCAAACCUGCUUGUAGAUAUUGUUCCUUUUUGCAUUUUUCAGUAGUCUGUUGUCGCUCAUGUACACAUGCCCCUUGUGUAUAUCCAGAAAUUGACCUGGUUUUCUUUAUUUUGUUUUUUUGGUUUGUUUUUUUACCUUUAAUUUUGAGUCAUGGGCUCCUAGCGAGGAUGAUUGUCUACUACAAGAAGCCCUGCAUUGUACUCAUUUUUUGAUUUGUUGUAUCUAUAUUGAUGAGAUGAAGCCCCUCUUGUAGAAUAUUUUGUAUCGUUUGAAUUGUAAGACAGUGAGAGGACGGAGGUGCAAUAUGAAGAGAAUUCAGCUACUGAAUGGAACCUCAGCAACUGCCCAUAGGGUGUCAUAUAAUAUAGAUACAUAUAAAUAUAUUUAAAGUAACAUCAGUAACUUAAUGUGAAUGUACAUAGUAAUUUAAAGAGGUCCAAAAAUGUGUUUGCCAAAUACCAGAAACCUUUAAAGUUUAAUGUCCAGAAAAUGAUUUUCUCACAGUAUGUUUCUUUUCCAAUGUAUCAAUUGUUCUUUCUUUCUUUUUUCUCUUUCUUUCUUUCUUUCUUUCUUUCUUUCUUUCUUUCUUUCUUUCUUUCUUUCUUUCUUUCUUUCUUUCUUUCUUUCUUUCUUUUUCAUUUUUCAGAUACAGUACUUCAAAUUCUUUUCUUAGGUGGAAUAGAUGUAAGGGAAUACAUUCUGACAGUUCAAUUGUGCAUGAACUGCAUGACUUCCGGGAAUUAGGCUUUAAUGAACUAACUGAAGAUACAUCUAUCACAUUGUCUACAGAUAAUGAUGAUUCUUUAAUCUUAUGAAUUAUGGGCAAAUAUCUUUAGUGUAAUACACUUCCUCGGCACCAGGUUUUGUUUUUCCCCUAGGAGGUGACGCGAUUCAUAUGGUUCGUGCCUAAUUUAGGGCUGUUUCUUGUUUCAUUUAAAUCCCGUGGAAUGUUACUGCUCAUUUAGAAUAGUUCCUCUGUCACCAUUUCUCUUUGCCUGUUAAAAUAUGUUUUUACUUCCAGCUGCAGUAAAGUUUCAAAGUAGAACUGAACAAUUUGCCAGUACUCAGAUAAAGUAAAGCCAACAAAAGAUAAUUCUACUCUCCUGUUUUUCAGAUCUUGAAUUAGAUUUGACAAUGCAGAAAUUUGAGGGGUUCGGGUAAUGGUUGUCAAGAUCUUUUUUGCGCUAAUAAGAAUUUUUCCACGCAGCUUUUGAGCUUCCGCUUAGCUGAUUGAAUGCCCUAGGGUUUUACUUAGUGGAAAAGGGCCACAUGGCAAAAUUCGAGCAAAUUUGGUCUCAUGAACACUUCAAAACUCCUGACAUAUGGCUAUAGUAUAUGAUUACAUUAUUUAAAGAUGAUCUGGUGCUUAGGAUGCAAAUAAGCUGUAAGCUUCUCCUGCAUCUAUGUGUAGCAUUUUUGUAUUUGCGACAGAAUGGCCUCCUUGAUGUGGUGUUGAUUUUUCAAACACCAGAGUACUCUUUUUACUUGCUACCUCCUGAGACCAUACAGCUAAGCACCAGGAGAGCGUCACCUGGACUUUGAAAAGAUGGCUGAGUGCAGACAUGGACGCACACAUACACACGGUCAAUUGGUUACCUCUAUGGGUAUUGAAAGGCCUUGCCACUGUAAUUGUGUCUAUCAGGCGUCUCAUUUGUGAUCUAUCAAUGACACAACAACCAAACAUAUCACUGAACACAGCAUUGACCAUGACAAGCCAUUUGUCAUCCAAAACCAAUAAAAGCGCAGACCAAAGUACUCCUGCAUUGCCAUAACUGGCUUUGACCUAUUGUUGUGAUGACAAACCAGAUAGGAUAAGGCUAGAGCUUCAUACAGUUAACCAAAGUGUUUGAGAUGCAAACAGUCAAAUAACAGGAACCAGGAGUGAACCAGGUGAGUUUUAAAUGUUCAGACUGAAGCAUCUCCUUUGGAGAGCCAACUGUUUGUACAUAUUUCAACAGUUGAAAAGCCUUGCAGAGGAAAUUCAUAAAUGGUGAGCAUGUGUUUCAGUGUGAAUAGAGUGCGGUUUUUAUAAAAUAAUUUUCCUUUUUCCCACAUCUCUGUACUUGAAAACCUCAAAGCUUUAAUAAAGAUCCCAGGCAGACGACUUAUAGAUGAUUUACAGUAUGUAGCAACAGUUUCUGUGUUAGCUCACUGUUUGUAAACAUUAUCAGCAUUAAAACAGUAUUAUGGUGGCAACUCCUUUCAAACAUUGUUGGUUGUGCACCGAUGUCUGCAUAGAAGCUCUCAAUGAAACCAAACCGAACAUACCACUUAUAAAUGACCAAAAUACAACCAAAAGCUAUUUGCUUCUAUUGUACUUGAGUUUUUUUUCCCCCAAACAUUAAUAGAGAAUUUAGGAGUUGGAUGUGAUGUUUGAAUCUCAAUUCACACAAAGUAAGCACACCUGAAAAGGAACUGUAUUGUUGUCGUGACAAUAUGUUCAUGUAAUUAUCUGGUACAUUGUGACAUCAAACAAAUGAGAUUUGUCAUAUCCUUUAUUUGCAGUCUGUGAAAUUAAAUAGGCUCCGCUGUUGUGAAUACCUUUCAAGGCUCUACUUUACACCAGUGAUUUUUGAACUGUGGACCGCAUAUGGAAAAAGAGUAUGUUAAAAUUAAAGAAAAAAUAGCAAGUUGUCAUUCUAUACCAGAAACCGUAACCAAUGACAUCUCAAGGCGCAUAUUUCUUGUGACACAGGCUGGCACAGCUCAACAACCCAACUUGAAGGCUAAUAUGGUAAAAGUCUGAUACAGCACCUGUAUACUCCCCCAAAAAGUAAUGACUCAGAAUGGUCCCAUUUUUACCUUUACAUGAACUGAAAAGGAGGGUGUUUGGAAGCAUUCUAUAAUGUAUUGUGCAAUACACUAUAACAUUAAAAAAGUUAAAUUAAAAAAAAUCCGUAGGAAGGUUCACUGAAAAUUUAUGAUUUGUUUUAUUUCUUUUUCCAAGUUCCUAUUGCCGUUUUUAGAUGAAGUAAACUGUGUCAGAGGAAUUAAAAUCUGAUUUUCUUUUCUUGCAUGCUUUCCUCCCUGUUGCUAAAACCGCUCUUUAACUGUUCGCUCUGUUGGAUGUGUGACGCUGUAAAACAUUCUAAUUCAGGUUAUUGUCUGUGUUGAACAAUGUAACUGUGUAAUUAAAAUAUG